CUCCUGCCCAAUAUGUCGAAGUUCAACCUUCCCUUCAUACCUUAACCGAGGAGGAAACAAGCAUUCGGGAUGCAGUCGCGCAUUUUGCACAAGAAAAGAUUUUACCGAAGGUUCGUCAGAUGGAUGAAUCUGAAAAACUCGACCCAGAAAUUCUUAAAGGUCUUUUCGAACAAGGGCUCAUGGGAAUUGAAACAGAAACAGAGUAUAAUGGCGCCAAUAGUUCUUUCUUGGCUGCAAUUUUAGUUGUAGAGGAACUUGCGAAAGUGGACCCGUCUAUCAGCGUUGUUUGUGAUGUUCAGGUCAUUUCACAGGUUGGCUGCUUCUGCCUCUCCGAAUCUGAAGCAGGUAGCGAUGCAUUUGCACUCAAAACUCGGGCAACUAAGGAAGGCGACCAUUAUGUAAUUAAUGGUUCAAAAAUGUGGAUCACAAAUUCUGGAGAAGCGGAAAUUUUUUUAGUUUUUGCAAACUUGGACCCGACUAAGGGAUAUAAAGGAAUUACUUGUUUCAUUCUAGAGAAGGAUAUGGGUGUCAAAGUUGCAAAAAAAGAAACUAAGCUUGGCAUUAGAGCUUCUUCAACAUGCACGCUGAAUUUUGAUGAUAUCAAGGUUCCUGAGGAAAAUGUUCUUGGGGAGGUGGGAAAAGGCUAUAAAUAUGCUAUUGAAAUUUUGAACGAGGGUCGCAUUGGCAUAGCCGCCCAAAUGAUUGGUUUGGCUCAAGGGGCUUUUAACAAUGCUUUGCCAUAUUUAUUCCAAAGGAAAGCAUUUGGAUCUUAUAUCGGCGAAUUUCAGGGCAUGCAACAUCAAUAUGCCCAAGUGGCUACUGAAAUCGAGGCGGCCAGGUUAUUAACGUAUAACGCGGCAAGAUUAAAACAGGAAGGAAAGAAUUUUGUUAAAGAAGCUGCUUUUGCAAAAUUAUAUUCUUCACAGAUCGCGGAAAAGGCCGCUUCGUUGUCUGUUGAGUGGAUGGGAGGAGUAGGUUUCACUCGAGAUUUUCCAGUCGAAAAGUUCUACAGAGAUGCGAAGAUCG